AUGGUCGGAGUACAAGACGUUGAAAUUUACUUUACGAUGCUUGCAGUAAUUUUGAUAUUCUACAUGCGAGCCCACAAGGCCACAAUGACCCGGUACAGAGGUCAAGUCCCACUUCUGUGA